CGCUCCGCUUUAGUCUGUUAAAGGCCCAGCGGGCAGUUCACAGCUUCUCGGGCGCGCGCAAAUUGCGAGGGCACUGGCCUGUGCGCGGAGGCAAAGCAAACCGCAUUUUGGCCCUCACGCGCUACGCGAGCGCAACGACGCCCGCAGCGCUGCAGCGCUUCUAGCGGCCGCCAGAGACGUUCUUUUCGCCAGCGGCGGGCAGAAAUCGCCGCGCCGCGCGGUGACGGGAUCAAAAAUAAACAGCCGACGCCAGCGCACGGUUUGCGCCGCGUAAACGCCGCGCCGCCGCUAAACGAAUCAGCGCUGCGCGCAGUUGAGACGCCUCGCCGCCGCUAGACGACGCACCGCGUUCAAAGAAUGGCCGACACGCAAAAAGAGAACGCCGCGCCGACGUCGCGCGCCGCAAGAGCGAGCAAGCGCGCCGCCCGCGGAGUCCUGCGCUGGGGCGAGACGCUAGAGAGCCUCUUCCUCCUCUCGCCCGACUGCCCGGAGCGCAAAGCUUUAGCAGAAAGGGUCGUCCAGCGGCCCGACGACCCCGCGGCCUGGUAUGCCGUAUUGCAGAACAUCCCGGAGGCGAUCAAGCCCGACGCGCGCUGCCGACUGUUCCGACGGGCGACGCAGUCCAUCCCCAAGAACCGGCCCGAGUUGUACGAGUCCGAAGCGUACGUCUCGAUCUGGCUCGGUUUUGCGGUGGAGCAGGCCAAGCUCGGACAAAGGCAAGAGGGCGCCGACGCUCUGGAAUAUAUGCGGUCCGAGGGCAUCGGCAAACGGUCGAGGGCCUUCUACGAGACCUGGGCGCUCUGUGAGGUUGCUUCUGGUCAUCUAGAGAAGGGCCGCGACGCGCUGAAGGCCGGAUUACGGGCGUUACCUACGAGAGAGCGGCCUUCAUUACAAAUUCUAGCGAAGUGCUCUGAUGAAGAAUUGCAGACGAAGAGCUCGCAGCUCGCCGGCUCCGUGAAAGUCCAAGAGGACGCGACGGGCGUCGUUUCUGUAAGGGUCGGUCAAGCUCGUGGAGGUGAGAUGGACACCGGCGACGAUACCGUGGUCUUACCGCCGCCCGCGCCUUCGGCCACAAAAAAGGCGCCCAUGAAGCGCGAGGACAUCGAUUAUAUGCUGAAGUGGAAGCCUUCGCUCGGACGGAAACAGCCCCCUGUUACUACGAGGCGCGCGGCCGUCAAAAAGUCGGUCUCGCCCGAGGACGAGACGGCGGAAGCGCCGCGCAGUACGAUCAAGACCACGUCCUCGUCGUCUACGACUCGAUCCUUGCACGACGAGGACGACUCUUCGGAUUCCGACACCGGUGGGUCGUCUCGAGUUUCCCCCUUCGCCGAGUUGGUGGGCGAGCGGAACGCCGUCUCAGUGGACGGCGCUACUUACGCGAAGCUCGCUCUCGUGGGACGCGGCGGGUCCUCCAAGGUCUUUCGCGUAUUGUCAUCGGACGGCCGCGUCCUCGCAUUAAAAAGGAUCAGGCUAAGAGGGCAGGAGAUCGACCACUCCUUCGCCGGUUAUGCGAACGAGAUCACUUUACUGAGGAGACUAGCGGGCAAGCCCGGCAUUGUUAGGUUGUUCGCGGCCGACGUCCAACAACAGACGGGUAGCAUACACAUGGUCAUGGAGGCCGGCGAGGCGGACCUCGCGACCGUACUCACACGUACGAGGAACGAAAAGGGCUACGUCGAGGGCAACUUCGCUAGAUUAGCUUGGCAGCAGAUGCUUGAAGCGGUACAAACCAUACAUGAGGAAAGGAUAGUGCACGGCGAUUUGAAGCCGGCGAACUUCCUGUUCGUGCGUGCCGGCGUCCUCGUCUCCGUCUUCCGAUGACGUGGGUGGUCGCGUUUUCGAUUUCGAGGCGUUUCGGACCGCGUCGGGGCCGUGGGGCCGCGUCGAUGGCGUCGCGCGGAGCUGAGAGUACGCCCGUCCCACCGGCACGCCGUCGCCGCGACCCAUCGGGGAAAGAUGUAUAUGUCGAUGGCCACCCUCACGCCUUCACACUCACAGGUCCAGGGCCGCCUGAAGCUUAUUGAUUUCGGGAUUGCGCGAGCUAUAAAAAACGACACGACGAAUAUAUAUAGGGACACGCAGAUCGGCACGCUGAACUACAUGUCGCCCGAGGCCAUUCGAGAUAGCGGCGCGGGGCCGCCGCAGCCCUCCGGUAAAAGGAGACCGACGAUGAAGGUCGGGCGAGCUUCCGACGUCUGGUCUUUGGGUUGUAUCUUGUACCAGAUGGUGUAUGGCAAAACGCCGUUUGGCGACCUGCAUUUAUAUGCGAAGCUCCAAGCGAUUACCGACGCGAGGCACGCCAUAGCUACACCGGCAAAUACGCCGCUGGCGACGCCGGACGCGUUGGACUGCGUCCGCGGGUGUCUCGAACGGGAACCGUCGCAACGGCUGGAGAUUUCUUCGUUGCUGUGUCACGCGUUCCUGGAUCCUAGAUCUUCGAAAAUAACGUCGGCGCAGAUUCAGAAGGCCGUCCAGGACGCGCUGGCCAAACAAGAUUGCAGGGUCGACGCCGACAAACUAGCAAAGGACGUCUCUUCACAAUUACUCGACGAACCAAAGACUUUAGUCGCCGCCAUCGCGGGCGUGACGUUGCAAUCAGCCUCGCUGCCGAACAAAUACCAGAAAGACAAAGCAGAGCAGCAGCCCGACGGCCUCGCCGGCUUGAUGCAGCGGGGCUUCGCGCAGAUGGCGCCCGUCGCCGAGGAGGGGACCGGCGGGUCGGACAUGGACGUGACCGCGACGAACGCGUCGGGCUGGACGACUGGAGUGUAGUCCGUCCCCUAUCUCUACUAAGCUAUACGUAUAUCAUC